AUGUUCAUGGGGUCUUCUUCUGGCGUGCUUCGCUUGAGAUCCUGGCUUCGCAGUGGUCGUCUACACACCUCCUUGUCCUUCCGAUGGAUCUUUUGGAUUCUUGCCGUCAUUGGAGGCCUUUCUGUGUUCUACGUAUUUGCCGUCCCACAACUCCUCAGGUUCCGAUUUCGCGCCGGCUUGACCUGGUAUGAUCUGGGAGCUCAAGGGUUUGGUCCAGAUCAAAAGUAUUCCUCAUUCGAUCAGGAGUCACCGAUCGUCGAAAUCACUCCGCCUGGCGCAAAAUGCGACCCGCGAUACACCUUUCUCGCGCCUCGGGGUGAUUCAGUUGCCCAUCCGGGGCCGAUGAUCUUGAACUCCGCUGGUGAACUUGUAUGGACGCAAUGGAAUCCGGGCACAACACAAGACUUCAAAUUGCAGCGGUACAAGGGCGAGGAUUAUCUCACCUACUGGCAAGGAUCUAUGUCCGACGGAUAUGGACGAGGAUCAUGGUAUAUGCUCGACUCAACCUAUACUCAAAAGUAUGUGGUAUCUCCUAUAGGAAUAUAUGACGGCGACCUGCAUGAUUUCCAGAUCACUUCCAACAACACCGCUCUGCUGAUGAUUUACGACCCCAUACCGAUGGAUUUAAGCUCGAUCGGUGGCCCCAAACUAGGAUGGGUGUAUGAUGGAGUCUUCCAGGAAGUCAACAUCGAAACAGGGGAACUGCUGUUCCAGUGGCGCGCAUCCGAAUUUUACGCUCUAGCGGAUAGUUAUAUUCCAGUGGGGGAGGCCGGCCAGAGACGAACCAAGGCAUAUGAUCAUUCACACAUCAACAGUGUGGACAAAGAUGAUCAGGGCCGGUAUCUGGUUUCGAUGCGCCAUCUCCAUACCGUUGCCUGCAUAGAUGGCACCACCGGGAAACUCCUCUGGUCUCUUGGAGGAAAGCGGAACAGUUUUACCGAUGCUUCGGGCGGAGCUGCCACUGGUUUUUCAUGGCAGCAUGACGCUCGCUGGCAAGGAUCUAAUCGCCUCAGCUUGUUCGACAAUGCGGCCCACAAUAACGAUAAUCUCUCCGCAGUGAGCCGCGGUAUGCUGGUUGAUCUGGACAUGGGAGCGUGGACGGCAACAUUGUCCCAAUCCUUCAAUCAUCCGCACGACAUGAUGGCCGUGUCUCAAGGCAAUAUGCAGCUAUUAGACACAGGGAACGUGCUCGUGGGCUGGGGUCACUCUGCAGCUUUCACGGAGUUCUCCCCAGAGGGCAAUGUUUUGUGCAAUACACACUUUGGUGCCUCGGCUUUCUUCACGUUCGGUCGUGUCGUCUCCUAUCGAGUCUUCAAGUUCGACUGGGUCGGCCAUCCUCUCACAACCCCAGAUUCGGCGCUCACACCCGAGAGUGUUUUCGUUAGCUGGAACGGUGCUACUGAGGUAGCAGGAUGGCGAGUUGAGGCAUGGGAUGGCCACGAUAUCAGAAAUAUGACCUUCACUGCUGUCGACCAGGUCCCGCGUGACGGUUUUGAGACUGAAAUCCGCUUGACCUCAGAAGUGAACUCGUUCUUCCGCGUGCGGGCAAUCAACUCAGACGGAGACAGUCUCGGAGUGACUGAUCUACUCCAACGACCGCCAGAGUCAUCGUCGAGUGGCUCUUCCCAUAUGAACCCAUGGGCUGUAGGGGUCAUUGUAUUGGUGGUGCUUGUUUGUCUUGUUAGCGGUGUUUAUUUUGCUGUUCACCGUCGUCUUCGCCAGAGACCGAGCUUCAGUGGCCCCUAUCAAUUGGUGUCGCACAAAGAUGAGGACGAGGGCGACGAUGAGCGUGAUCGUCUACCAUUAUAG